GGUGCGCGGUGACGUCACCAGGCUGGGCCGCCGCCCGCGAAGUAAGGCCCCGGCCUGAGUCGGAGGGCGGGGGCGGCAGUCCUGUGCUGGCCCCAGUGACGAUGGCGGUGUUUCACGACGAGGUGGAGAUCGAGGACUUCCAAUAUGACGAGGACUCGGAGACGUACUUCUACCCCUGCCCAUGUGGCGAUAACUUCUGCAUCACUAAGGAGGAUUUGGAGAAUGGAGAAGACGUGGCAACGUGCCCUAGCUGCUCUCUCAUUAUAAAAGUGAUUUAUGACAAAGAUCAGUUUACGUGUGGAGAAACAGUCCCAGCCCCUUCCACCAACAAAGAAUUAGUUAAAUGCUGAAGAGGACUUUAGGAAUCAAAAGCAUGAACUUUGGGAACUGAGCCAAGCUGGAAAAAUCAAAUGCAAAGUUACCGGCUUUUGUAGUUUGCUGCUCCAUUAGGGCGUGGACUCCUUCCAUCGGCCGCCAAGUUCAUCCUCAAAGAAGUGAGCCCAUGUGGACAUGUUCUUAAUUUUCCAUCUGAAUUUAAAGGAAGAUAAUUUCAAAGCAGUGCUUUCUUCCCCUCCGUUGUGUUAUGUUUUAUAUCUUACACACAAUUAUCUCAUUAUCUGCAAACAGCGUAUCUACCUCAAAGUCAUUCAGAUUCUUUAAUUUAAAAAAAUGGGGAUUUUAUUUUUUCAGUUUGUUAUUAAGAUGAUUAAAGUUAGCCCUUUGUCAUUUGACCUCAGCUUUGCAGUUCUAAACCGAAGAAAUUUUGUUGCCCACUAGCUGGUCAGGACACACCAGUCCCUGAGGUCUGGCCCUCAGUCAAGUGCCUGUGUUCUGUUCAGUGUGCCAUUUCACUUAUGCCACAUACACUGAGUUCUGGUCGUGCUGUUAAAGAGGAGAUACACUGAGCUCACAGUUUUUUCAGAGCUAAAAGUUAGUGAGUGAAGAGGAAAAGUCAAAAAGUGAAAUGGUCUGAGAAGGUGGAGUUUCGUUUCCAAGAUUCUGCAUGUUCCUUGAAAAUCAGGACAAGAGAAGCAGAAAAACAGAUAAAGGAAGUGAAAUUGGUAACAGACUGAGAGAAGAAUAUGCCUGCUUCGUGAUUUAAAUGCUUGAGUGGGUUUGUGAAAUCAGCAAAUACUCCUCCUGUGUCUGGGUUCUUGUCUGUAUCUGUUUUGAGGUAAGGCUAAUGAGAUUUCACUCCAGGGAGGGGUGAAUGUCUUCGUGGCUGUGCUUUCAGCAGUACCGCCCAAUCGAGUCACUAGUCUGCAAGGUAGAGCUCCCACAACAACCGUUGUAUUUGCUGAGGAUGAGCUUGGAAAUGAGAUGCCUGUCCUAGUUAAAUAUGCCCCUGAGGGCGCAUCUAGUAAGCCUCUAGACGCUGUGACCACACCAGACACCCACUGUCACAGAGAAACGUUGCCAUGGAGAAAGAGACGUGGAGACAGGCGCUCAGUCUCCUUUGCUGCAGUGCUGAGAGGAGCAGGAAGUUGGAAUCAUCUGCAUUUAAAUUCCAAAAUUCCUUUUAUAUACCCACCAUUGCUCUAUGUAUAUAAAGUUGAAAAAACCUCGCUGAUAUCUGGUAGGUUGUUCUGGGAAGGGCUCCUCCAAUUAGAGAAAAAACAGACUGGAUAUUCUGUUACUAACCAAUAAAUGUGCUGCACACGCCGUUGGGGGUUUAGAUUCAAACAGGCGAGGGGCCUUUUUUAGCUGCCAGCAGCAUGGCUGUGUGGAGCCGUUAUUCUGAGACACAAUAAAUCACCAAAAAUUAUAUGCCAGACUGCUUGGUACAUUAUGUGAAGCAUAUGGCAUGUUCCUGAUGGCACACUGACGCCCCAGAAGUAAUCCACGGUUGCCUGGGAAUCAGUGACGGCUCAGGUGAACAGAGCAGUGUGUGUGCUUACUGAUGGGGUCGAGCUGCACAGAGAAAUGUACUGUCCCACCCUCAGACCUGGUGGGUCUGGUUACUGAUACCGUUAGCUUCCUCAGCUGAUGGCGCAUUUCAGACAAGAACGGACACCCUGAUGUCCGGGUUUACUGUGAGCACUGACGAGCAGGGAGGAAAGCUGCCCAAGUCCAAACAGCACAGAAGGAAAAGAGCACAUGGCGCCAUCAGUGCCGACCUCCAGAGCAGCUGAGGCACUACAUUUGUUAACCACAGAGGACACACCAGGACUUAAUCCUACGUUAAGCAGAAAGUAAAACCAGGGUCUUACAGGUGUGGCUAGAGUUCUGUGUGGCGGACGUGCCAGAGCACCUCUGAGGGCUGAUCUGUAACCCAGGCUCUGUCUGGCUAGCUCUGUAACCUCCGGCCAGGCCAGUGGGAUCCUCACCUGUACAAUUAGGAGGCUGGCCCAGGUCACUUCUAAACUCAGUACUCUGGUUUUAGGCUUUGUAGCUUGCAGGAGCUGAAUGGUAGUUGAAACCUUCCUAAACUAAAAACUAACGAUGAGAAGGAGAAUCCAGUCUUCAGUAACUCAGCAUCACCAUCACAGCACCUCAGCAGUCAGCUGUUGGAGGAUUCUGCGUAUACUUUAGUUUACCUGCUCAGAAACCGUUCUCUUGGAAAGCACCCUUGGAAAGUUAUUUUGGAUAACUGUACCUAUUAAUUUAUUAUCAGAAUAAAUUUUACUGGCAUGCUAAGUAAA